AGAAUUUUUUGGUCCCAGGCACAGCUGAGCAAUCAGUUGCAUAGUCCGUACCAUGGAGUCGAAACGCACCGUCGGGGUCUCGUCCAUGCUGGCCAUUGCCGGCUGUGGCCUGUCCUACCAGGCCUUUGUCCAGACGGCUGGUUCCAGCCACGGCGCCCCGACCCAGGCACUGCGAGGCAACGCCAGCCAGGCCACUCGCACAAACCUUUCUUCGGCUUCCGUCAGCGCUGCGGCGAGCAUCACUGGUCUGGCGGUUCUCGGUGCCAGCCGUGCCAGGGGUGACAAGGUUCGGCGCUGCGCUGAGUUCAAUGGAGCGGACAUGCCAGGUGCCACUGCCCCCCUUGGCUGGUUCGACCCGCUGGGGCUCGGCAAGACGGAGGAGCGCUUCAACAAGAUGCGAGCGGCAGAGCUGAAGCACGGAAGGGUUGCCAUGAUGGCCUCUCUGGGCUGCGUUGUUCAGCACUGGGCGAAGUUCCCCGGCUUCGAGAGCGCACCCGCUGGACUGGGCGCCCUCUCCAACCCAGCUGCUCUUGGUGGGAUGGGCGCUCUCUUCCUUGGUUGCGGCGUGCUUGAGCUGGGAUUCUGGUCCGACGAGGCGGCCAAGGAGCCUGGCAAUUUCGGCGACCCGGCCAACUUCUCGGCAGAGUACGGGGCUUACUCCAAGGAGUUCAGGGACAAGGAGAUCAACAACGGCCGCAUGGCCAUGAUGGCGAUCAUCGGGCAGCUCUCCGCUGAGGCCGUGACCGGGAUGGACGCUGCUCAGCAGGCCGGACUGGCCGCCGUUGCCCGGCCACGCCAGAUUCAGAGCUCCAGCGCCUUUGUGGGUGCAGCAUCCAUUGCUCCCAAGCGCCUCACUGCCCGACGCGCCUUUGAUGCCUCGCAGGAGGCUGGCGUGACGGCCCCGCUGGGCUACUUCGACCCGGCGGGAUUCGUGCAGGAUGAGGAGAGCUUUUUGAACCUUCGACGUGCUGAGAUCAAACAUGGGAGGGUUGCGAUGAUGGCGGCUUUGGGUUUGUUGGUCCAAAGCUUGAUCAAGCUGCCCGGCUUCGACAGCGUCCCGGCUGGUCUGGGUGCCCAGUGGACGGCCCCGGGCGAUGCGGGGCUUUGGACGGUGGUGGUCCUGUGCGGCUUCUUUGAGACGGGCUUGAACCAGUGGCGCGAGGACCCCAAGCAGCCAGGCAACUUUGGUGACCCCAUGAACCUUGGCAACUACACCAUGGAAAUGCGCAACAAGGAGCUGAACAACGGGCGCAUUGCAAUGUUUGCCGUGAUGGGAAUCAUCAGUGCGGAGAUCUACACAGGCAACGUUGCAGUGGCACAGUUCUAAAGCAUGUGCUUUCCGAGGCCAAUUUGCCGGCACACGAGUUUGGUAGCACACCCGCUUGAUUAGUGGAAGUCGGUGGUUCUCACUUGAGCAGUGGCCAAAACCACCAUCAGCCA